AGCUGUUAUUCAUGGAGAACAGAAAGAUCAAGACGAAUCUGGACUUGAAGAUGGAAGACAGAGUCCACCUCCAAACUCUACAUACAUGCCUUUUGAAUUAAUUUCUUCACAAGAACCAAAACAAAAGCCUCCUCUCACUGUAGUUGGAGAUGUUGGUGGAAGAAUCGCUAUCAUGGUGGAUGACAUAAUCGAUGAUGCGCAAUCUUUCGUGGAUGCUGCUGAAGUCUUGCGAGCUCGUGGUGCUUACAAGAUUUAUAUUUUGGCAACUCACGGAGUUUUGAGUUCCGACGCUCCUGCUCUCUUGGAGGCUUCUCCAAUUACACAAUGA